AUGACGGAGACCGACGCAAAGGAAAUAAAAUUGUCCGAGGUGGCGAGUGUGGGGGACGCGCCGUGCCAUUGUGAGUGCACGACGUCAAAUGUGCGGCGCAUGUAUCUCACGCUGCGGCUGGCGGCCCUCUUGCUGUGGCUGCCGCACUGGCUGGCCUUUAUGUAUGUUGCCGCUACCACCGCCACCGCCACCACCACCGCCACCGUCACCGCCUUGCUGUACGUGCUGGCCUGCAGCCUUGCCAGCAUCGCCGUGACGUACUACAUUGCGGUGUAUACGCAGUGCGGGGAGUACCUCGUGAUCAGUGCGUGGCUCUUUGGUGUGCUGCGGGAGGAGGUGUUGGCAUUUGCGUUUCCCGACACGGUUGCCAUCCCGCAGAGCAGCCGGUCCACCUUUUUGGCCUAUCCGGCGGUAGCGGGAGUGAUGAUCGUUCACACGGGUGGUGGUGGCGUCGUCGCGGACGACCGCAGCGGCAGCGGCCUUUUGUGGGUCGUUGUCUCCAUGCUGCAGGGCAUCAUUGGUGGCAUCCUGUGCAAGAUGAAAGACAUCGAUGAGGACCGGUACUACCCCACGCACGCCAUUGGGGAGCGACUGUACGUCGUGUUGCCCUUCUGCACAGGGCAGUGGCUGAGCUUCAUCCUGCGGAAUGGAUGGAGGGGAAUCGUCGUGGAGAACCUCACGAUUUUGCUCUCCCUCGCCAUGGUGGGCUACUGCGUCAUUGGCUACAAACUGCUGAAGCAGCACACUUCGCUUAGACGAGGGGACCUGAUCGGGUUUGUGGAUGAGUUUCUGACGACCCCUUUCGGCGUCGUCUUUGCAGUCAUACUGUUCGGUAGCAUCUUUGUCACCGUGCUGGCCAUCCCCUUUUUGAAAUCCCUCUUCUCACUCAACGCUCUGGUGAGUUCGAUGGGUAUCGUUUUGGAAUUUAUUGUCUACGAAGUGGCAUAG